CUCUUUUAUGGAUGAUUCGAAGCAACACGUUAUUGCUGAUGCCCAGGUGUUCGUAGAAUCAUCUAACAGAAAGCAACAUAUAUUGCAAGAAAUGUUGGCUCCCAGCCCAGCAGUGAGUCAUACACAGAUACAGGGCAGCAAAAGAAGGACCCUAUAGCUACCCUAUAGCUAGGCCCUCCAAAGAAACUACUAUUAGGAAAGAGAGGUUAAAUGAAGCUUGUCGGUAAGAAUUAUAAAGACCUGAGAUUAUAAAAUGGAAGAAAGCAAAAAGAUGGGAGAGAAUUCCAGAGAUACGAGAUGUUCGAAUAUGAGGAUUGAGAGAGAGAGAGAGACAGUAGGUGUAAAGGAGGAAAAAAAGCAGUUAACUGACGUAUGGUGCGAGUCGAUCGGGUUGCACGAGCAAUGAGAAGCAAUGGAGGUAUGAUAGAUUUCAGCACCAACAGAGCAUUGUCUAAAGAAGAAAAUGAAAUAAGAGUAUUGUCCAAGAAAUGCAGAUAGAUUGCCAUAAAAUAAACAUGACUGUAUAUAUAAAGGGAACCAAGGCUGUCAUCAGAGGCGGAUUUAGAGGGGCCCCGCCUCUCCCCCCCCCCCACAUUUUUUAGGAGGUAAAAAAAAGGGGGGAAAAGAAAAAAAGAAAGAAAAAGAAAAAAUGAUAGCCCAGAACGGCUCAGAUGUUAUUUUCGGACGUCUAGAACACAAAACUUCGCGGGGGAAAGCCCCCGGACCCCAUCCGUGACAGUGUUGUCUCGAAUCGGCCCAACUUUCGGCCCUCCCUUUUGGACAUCUCUGGAUCCGCCCCUGGUCAUCUUAUUGCAGUGCAUGAUUUAAACAAAGAAAGUGCGUUUUUAUUGAAAAUUCCAUAAGUGAAUCUUCACCCUUAAACAGCAAAGCAAUAAUUUUUAACAUCCAGACUGUUUAAGUUAAUACUGUACACAUGUCUCUGGAACCCGUAACUUGGUUCAAGAUUAAUAUAAAGAUGCAUAACCCCUAUUCCUCAAUUGUGACCCCAAUUUUAGUAAAAUGUUUUUCGGUUUCGAUCGGUUGUGUUUGCAAUACUUAGUCUAAAGCAUUGCAGUAUGUUAAUCCUUGGAUUAGAUUUCUUCAAUAAAUAUCACGAAAUUUUUUUCUUUUUCUUCCCUUCAAAGGAAAAAUGCGAUCGGAUUUCCGGUUUUCUGAAGACAAAAAAAAUGUUUAAAAACUGUUCCCAUUGUACAAUUGGACAGUCUGAAUCAGCUAAGUUAGCUAGACCAAGCAACCGCAUGACAUUUAAAGAACUAAAUAAUUUCUUCAAUUUAUAGCUUGAUUUAUAAAAUCAAAUAAAAAAUAAAAUAGUUUGAUUUAUAAAAUUAGAUUUCCUAAAAAGUUCAAUACAUCACUAUUAACGUUGGUGCGUAGUAACAGAGUGAUUCAAAAGCAAACACAGGAAUGGGCUUACUUAGAUGCUCACAAUGUUUAUAAUUACAGGUUUCUUUGACGGCUACCGGUACUAGAAAGACAAUGAUCGCAAAUGACAUUCUGAGAAGCAUGGAAGAUUCAAGAUCAGUGCUUGUGACUGGUAUACGGCAUAUGAAAGGAUGCCGUGAAGACAAAUUAGAGCUUUACUUCGCGAGAAGGAGCAAUGGCGGUGGCGAUGUAGAUAGAGUGGAUUUGGUUGAUGAUGAUACAGCAGUUGUGACGUUUGACGAUGAGGCAGUGGCGGCAUCGAUUAUGGGUUCGCUGAAGCAACAUUUCGUUUCUGACACCCGUGUGUCUGUCGAAUCAGCUCAAUGUAAACAACAGGUAUUACAAGAAAUAUUUGCCACCAGAGCAAUGACCACUACUACAAGGUACAAUGGAUUCACAGGAGGCCAGUUACCAAACCAGUACCAUAUGAGUGAUGCAGAAAUUCAUUGCAGUGGUAGUCGAGGUUUUUCCUAUUCUAAACAACUUUCCAGCUCUGGGUCUGAGUUCAAUAGUACAGAUUUACCCGAAGAAGCAGAUUCACAAGAAUACUCGAUGGAUUAUACCGAUUCCGACGAAGACGAUUCACAAGAAUACUCGAUGGAUUAUACCGAUUCCGUCGAAGAUGUAUUACCUACACGGACUGGGCCUGAGAAUGGGUCUCAAAGAAUCGAUUCAAACCAGCCAAUCAGUAUACCGUGCACGGAGGACGUAUUGAGCUAUAUUCAGACAGUCCAUUUUGAUGACUUGAAUCGCAUACAAAAAGAACACAAAGUUACUUUUGAUAUAAAGAAUCGAACCACGGUUCUGGUUCAAUCUGCUGCUAACCCGCAAUGUAAUAUUCCGCAAGCUGUCAAAGAACUGAAGGACCUGAUGAAGGUCGUCAUGUCAAAAGCUGAGAAAGAUGAAGUUACACUGACACCAGAUGAAGCUGACUCAAAGAACUAUGCUGCUGCAGUACGAGAUCUAUUGAACUCUACGUCAUUAUUGGUUAAAAAUAACGGGAGGAGAUUUUCCAUGUUUGGAACACGCCCGGUUAUCGAUGCUGCUAAGAAAAAACUAAAAGAUAUGCUUGGUAGUACUACCAAAUCAUCAACUAACGUGCAUUAUCAGGGUCACACUUUACAAAGCGGAGGCAAAAAGAUGACAACUGCGGAACGAGUAGUGAAAAAUAGUAAGGAUCAGCUUCCGAGAUCUGAAAAAGAGAAUCGGUCACUUAAACCACCAUCAAGCAGCAGUAACUAUAUUAGGCCUAGUUCUUCCAGGAAUAGUAUACCGAAAUCCCAGCAACAAGUUCCUAAACAAAUGGCUAUUUCCAAUGAGGCAAUCAGUAUACACGGUACAAAAGAAGUUUUCAACUAUAUUCAGACAGUCCAUUUCAAUGACUUGAAUCGUAUUCAAAACAAACAUAAAGUCACUCUUGAGCAAAAGAAUGGAACCACAGUUUCGGUAAAGUCAGCUGUUGCAUCUGCAAAUGUGCAAUGCAUUCAUAAUGCUGUCAAGGAAAUCAAGGACCUGAUAAAGGACAUCGAGUCAGAAGCAGAGACAGACGAAUUUACACUGACAUCCGAUGAAGCGGAUUCCAAAAAUUAUUCUGCAGCAUUGAAAGAGUUUAAAAACUCAACCUCAUUAUUGGUAACUAAGGGUAACGGAAAGACAUUUUUGAUGUAUGGAAAACGUUCGGCUAUUGAUGCUGCUAAGACCAAACUGAGACAGAUGCUUGGUUGUCCAAUUGGCAUCGCGCCAUCAACAAACACACAUUGCUCGGGUCAACAUUUAAAAAGUGAAGGCAGCAAAAGGAACAUUGCGGAACAAGUAGUAAAAACUAGCAGUUAUUUGAGUAAAGAUCAGGUCCCUAGAAUUGGUCAAGAGAACCCGUCGUCGUCUAUAACACCCUCUAAAAGUAUGUAUAAUAAACCUAAGAAACGAACUUCACGGCAACAAGAUAAUACGAGAGGCGCUGCGAAAGGAACCAAACGAUUUGAAAACCAGUCACUUGAUUCAGUCGAUGGUUCAAUCUAUAGUACAACACCAGAGAAGCAAUCAUUAUCACAAAGUCAGAUUGGUGACAAUCCUCGACAAAUGGUAGGUGCAUCAGUAAAACCAAAAAUACGGCCUAAUAGUUGGCAGGCUCCUCGAGAUCAUCAUGAUGAGACCUCAGAAAGAGCUGAGGUCUUUGAAACUAAAAUUCAUGACGUGAAAGUGAUUGGGCGGAAAAGUGACAUUCUUGAUGAAUUCGCUACUGUUAUAGUCUGCUGCGCGAAUAGAAAACUUCAAUGUGAUAGCGGUCUUGCCGCACGUAUCAGCCAAUUAUGUGGCCCUAGAGUCCAAUCACAAUGUGACAAAUGGAUAGAGAAGCAUGGGCCCGUCGCUGUUGGUGACGUCGUCUGGGUUGACAUUGAUGAUGGUAUUGCAUGUUCACACUUAAUCAAUGCAGUGGUUCCUCGCUGGAAUGGAUACCGUAGUGGCACAGAAGAACUGCUGUUAUCAGAGAUGUUCAUGAAAGUAUUUACUGCUGCUCGUGAUAAACUUGGUGCACAUAUAAUUGCUCUACCGCUAAUUGGAAUAGCGACAUGUGGUAUACCACGUCAGAUCUACGCUAAGUCAUUCACUAAUGCGCUGUUGGAAUUUCUAGAGCAACCAACCUUGCCCAUGCAAGAGAUCCGAAUUGUAGAUUUGGACGAAACUGUCAUCCGUCUAAUUGCGAAUGAACUUCAAGUGGAUAGACAUUCACACAGAUACUCAAGGCCAACGAAUGGGUCGUUCAGCACACCAAAUCCAGCGAUGAUCACUGCCUUGUCUGGACCAGAAUUUUUGCAAAGAGAUGUCAAGAGUUACAAUGGUAGUGGUGCUAGGCCUCGAUUACCAAGUACUGGUCCCGGUACCACUGGUAUUGAAAAGUGUCCUGUUUGCUUAGAACCCUAUCACCAUGGUAAAAAGAUCAUCUCAAAUUGUUUUCACGCUUGUUGUAAAAGGUGUUAUAAGGAAUUAAAGAAAUCAAGUGCACACUGUCCUGUUUGUCGAGGACCGUUAAAUUAAAUUAGGCCUACCUUUAAUUAUUUCACCAUUUAAAAUUGGGCCUUCAAAAUUCGAUUGAUGAUUUAGGAUUUGUACAUAUUACCACUGACAGUAGACUAAGGAUGACACAAGCACAUACGUCUUGAGUACUAAUAAUUGUAUUUCAUUUUACCACUUUUUUCCAACAAUUUAAAUCGGUUUCUACUGACUCCACCUUGUAACAUUACUCUAGUCUAAUACUUUUCAUGUUUAGAAAAAUGUAAACUAUAUUCGUGUUGAGUAAGGAUGUCGAUUUUACUAUUCUGUGAUUUUAUAGCCUAUAACGUAUGGAAACAACAUUAUAUGAACGCAACACAUAUGCCUACACGUUAUGCAGGCACACCGAACCGUCGUACGACCGUCGACUGACGAAUAUGUAAGUGCUUGACGACGCGAUACCGUUUGCUGAUUGUCGACGACACAGUGUUGGGCGAGCCUCCUCCCAUUGUGUUCAGCGUUGAAUCGCGUCGGCCGACGAAUGUGUACCCGGCUCAGUGCCAAUACCCACAAAUAGGUUAAUAGCUAGGAAUUGUAGAUGCUGGAUAAAUUCUAGUGUAUAUGUGGCAGAUCUAAGCUGAAGUAUCAAAUCUUACUCUUAUAGGAAUGCUGUGUCAAAGGUUGGAUUGGAUUGUGUAAAUAAUUAGGCGUUUACAACUAAACACCUUAUGUUAUAGUGAUAUAAUGCUAUGAUCAGUUUUAGGAUCGAAAAAGUAUAUGGUCGAGGAGUAGUUUAUAAUAAGUGACGUUAAAUAUUUAUGCCUACUGUUUUACUGUAGAGCUGGUAAAAUUAAGAAUAAACUUUAAUUGCUUAUUCCGUACGUUAGCUUCCAAAAUAAAUAUAUAUAAUAAAUUAAGUCUGUAAGCGCUAAAUGUCUUAUUGAAAAAAAAUCUAAACUUUUUUUUUACUUUAACUGUUCUUUAAAUGUUGGUCCCUUUUUCAUGUCGCGUUUUUCUUUCCUAAUUUUGAUGUAAGUUUAAUUUUUUUUAAUGGGAUUUCACCCACUUUUAUUCAACAAUGAUAUAGGCAUAUACAUAUCUUGAAAUUAUUUUACUACCGCCAACCAAGCGAAACAUUUUCAGGUUUCCUCCUUUUUCUUUUUCCUUCCUUUCUUCUCACCUUUUUCUCUUUUUCCUUUUUACCUUUCUUUCCAUUUUACUAUAACUUAAAUCUAUCAAAAAAAAAAAAAAAUUGUGAAUGAGGCAAGAACUAACAUAUAAUUAAUUAAAAAGUAAUCAUGACCUUUUAAAUGGUCAACUACAAUAAGUGAACGUAAAGUAAUAACGACAUUUGGGAGGUCCAGUUUAUGUAAGAAUAAAUUAAAUUGAUUCCAAAAAUCUUUGAUCUCUUUACAUGAAAUAAACAUAUGUUUGUAAUCGUCUUCAAUUUUGCAUCUUUUCACAGAGGCAAAUCAAUAAGUUUCCAUUUAAAUAAGUUUUUUCGACAUGGUAUAAGAUUAAAAAUAAAUGUUUUAACUAAAAUUCAUUAGUAAUCUUUUUUAAUUUUAAUAAGUUUUAAAAGCCAUACUUUAUGCCAAUUUAUCUUGAUAUUUAAUUUAUUUUCCCACUUAUUUUCAACGUGUGUCUUUACAGAUUUUUUUUUUUAUAUUACUGUAGUUGAUGAUAAAAAAUCUUUUGUUUUAAGCACCUGUAUAUUUUGUUUAUUUCUUUUACGUAUACAAUCUCGUUUUCCUGGAUUUUUACGUAUUUUUUCUGUCCAUGAAACCGGAAUAGCUUCAAUUAUUGUUUUUAAUUCAACUAACCAAUUUGCCGAGGAUUUAAGUUUGUUUUUAAUAUAAUAUUGGCAUAAUUAGCGUCUUUAUUUAAAAGAUCAUUGAUAUGUACUAUUCCUGAAUUAAUCCAGUGUUUUAGAUAAGGGAAAGAAUUAUAUUUGCCGUUUAUCAAUACAUGAUUUCCCCAUAUAACUUCACUUUUUAUCUUCCACUGAUAGGUGCAUAUACCUGAUAUGAUGAAUACCAUGCUAAAAUAACCUGGCGAUAAAAUAAUGGGAUCUGAUUUAAAUUUAAGUUUGGAAUAUUUUUAAUCUUGUCUAAAUUCGUUUUUAAAAUCAUAUUAUCUGGUCCUAACUUAAUGUUAAAAAGUAGUAGCAACCUAAUAAUAAUAAUAAUAAUAAUGUCAUUUUGUUAGGCGCACGUAUCCAUCCCUAGUAGGGGUGCUCGCGGCGCCGUUUUCCACCUGCCGAGUGUACAUGUAGCCAUUUUCCGCAUUAUUAUGUGAAUUAAUUAAUUAAAUUUUUAACCUGUGCCCAUGUAGCGGAGCCUUUUAAGAUUUUAUUUACCCAAGUGGCUUUGAGAGAGCUACAGUGACUUUCAAAAUCACACAUAUUUAACCCGCCCUCAAUCGGUUUCCGAAUUACCACGUUUCUAGCUACCUUGUCUUUCUUACCGUUCCAUAAAA